CAGCCAAAAAAAAAAACUCUAGUAGUUAGAGGGUUGUCGAUUAACGGUUAUUUGCAUCCACUGCUUCGAAGCUCAUUAUCUGAACUACCUCCUAAUUUGCACAGGUAUCACUUCUCUCUCACUCUCUCACUAGGGUUUCAUUUCCAUCAAUAUCCCACAUUCCAUAACUAUGAAUUGCCAGAAACUCACUUCCUCUCACUACCUUUUGACCUCCAACUGAAUUACAACUAAAUUACAUUUGAGUUUCAUGUAAUUUCAGUGAAUUUAAUGCAACAAAGGUGCGAUUUUCACCAGUCUAUCCCAUGGCCUCUUUGAAAUUCUCCGUCUCAUUGGAGUCUAAGAACCCUAAUUUCGCCAUUGGCUCCUCACAACUAUUGGGUCAGUGUUCAAUUUCUGCGUUUACGGGUGGUUAUGUUCAUAUAACUGGUGUAUAUCUCAUCAACACAUUUAGCAACCUCAAUAGAAUUAGGGUAUCUCGGGCUGAUACCGCGGUAUCAGACGAUUCGGGUUCGAAUGAAGUUGAUAGUUCCUUUGAUUGUUCAACUAAAGAAAUGGGUAUUGCGGGUUUGGUUUUGGGAAAAGGCUUGGGUUUUGGUAGGAAAUUUAGUAAGGGUAGGAGAAAUGUAUGGCAACGGGUUCGGGGUGUGAAGAGAGUGAGGAAAGAUGUGUAUUUUAAAUCUACUUGUGGAGGGAAUGGUAGUGACUACAGCAAGGAACAACAAAGUAAACCUAUUGUUGUAGAUGAGCAAAGUAUUUCUGGCGUUGAUGUUGAUAAAGUUGGGGCUUUGAGUACCGAGCGUUGCAACUCUAUCUUGAAAAAUUUGGAGAGGACUAACGAUGAUAGCAAAGCUCUGAAGUUUUUCGAGUGGAUGAGAAGAAAGGGAAAGUUGAAGCAGAAUGUAGCGGCGUAUAACUUGGCUCUCCGGGUGGUGGGGAGGGCAAGGGAUUGGGAUCUAGCAGAGAAGAUGAUUCUUGAAAUGACUAGUGAAUCAGGUUGUGAACUCAACUUUCAGGUUUUCAAUACGCUUAUUUAUGCUUGUUCUAAACAAAGGCGCGUGGGUUUGGGUGCAAAGUGGUUCCGUAUGAUGUUGGAAAAUGGUGUGCGACCUAAUGAGGCGACUUUUGGUAUGCUUAUGAGUCUUUGUCAAAAGAGUAGGAAUGUUGAGGAGGGUGAGUUUACUUUUUCCCAUAUGAGGAAUUUUGGAGUUAGAUGUCAAUCAGCAUACUCUUCUAUGCUGACGAUUUAUACCCGUUUGGAUUUGUAUGAUAAAGCAGAAAAAGUGAUUAGUUUCUUGAGAGAAGAUGAAGUUGUCUUGAAUAGGGAGAAUUGGUUGGUCUUGAUUAAUACAUAUUGUCAACAAGGCAAGUUGGAGGAGGCUGAGCUUGUAUUGGUUUCGAUGCAAGAAGCUGGAUUUUCCCCUAAUAUAGUUGUCUACAAUAUGUUGAUCACCGGAUAUGGGAAGGUAUCUAAGAUGGAAGAUGCACACCGCCUUUUCCAUAACCUAAGAGCCAUUCAAAUUGAGCCUGAUGAAACAACAUACAGGUCCAUGAUCGAAGGGUGGGGUAGAGCCAAUAAUUACAAGGAGGCACAGUGGUACUAUAAGGAACUUAAACGGGAAGGAUUUCGUCCCAACUCAUCCAACAUGUACACAAUGAUCAAUUUGCAAGCCAGAAAUGGGGAUGAGGGGGGUGCCCUUACAACACUUGAGGACAUGAUUACAAUGGGUUGUCAGUAUUCUUCUAUGCUUGGUAUUCUUUUACAAGCAUAUGAGAGAUAUGAAAGGUUUGAUAAAGUGCCUCAAGUUUUAGAAGGUUCCUUUUAUGAACAUGUACUGUGUGACCAAACGUCGUGCUCUAUUCUGGCCGAGGCUUAUGUGAAACACUCUUUGGUUGAUGAUGCAGUGAAAAUUUUACAGAAUAAAAAGUGGAAAGAUCGGGGUUUUGAGGAUAACUUGUACCAUUUGUUAAUAUGCUCGUGUAAGGACAUGGGUCAUUUUAAGAAUGCUAUCAAGAUAUAUACCAAUAUGCCAAAAUCUGAUGAAAAGAUAAAUUUGCACAUCAUUUGCACCAUGAUAGACAUUUACAGUGUUAUGAAGCGGUUCACAGAAGCAGAGAACAUUUAUCUGAAUUUGAAAUCCUCAGGUAUAGCCUUGGACUUGAUUACCUUCAGUGUUGUGGUAAGAAUGUAUAUCAAAGCUGGGAAUUUAAAAGGUGCCUGUUUGGUUUUAGAGACAAUUGACAAACAAAAGAACAUUGUCCCUGAUAUUUAUCUUAUUUGUGACAUGCUCCGCGUUUAUCAAAAAUGUGGCAUGCUAGAUAACCUGAGAGAUUUGUAUUACAAAUUAUUGAGGUCUGAAAUCACUUGGGAUCAGGAAAUGUAUAAGAUGGUGAUAAACUGCUGUGCUCGUGCCUUGCCAAUUGAUGAGCUGUCAAGACUUUUUGAUGAGAUGCUUGAUCGUGGUUUUGACCCUGAUACUGUUACUUUCAACAUUGUGCUUCAUGUAUAUGGCAGAUCCAAGCUUUUCAAAAAAGCUAGAAAAGUGUUAUGGAUGGCUAGAAAACGAGGCAUGGUUGAUGUUAUCUCUUAUAAUACCCUUAUUGCUGUGUAUGGGCAACAUAAGUACUUGGGGAACAUGGCAUCGAUUGCCAAGAAGAUGCAAUUUGAUGGGUUUUCAGUUUCUCUUCAUGCUUACAAUUCUAUGUUGGAUGCAUAUGGGAAAGAAGGUGAAAUGGAGAAAUUCAGGAGUGUUUUGCAGAGAUUGAGGGAAUCGGGUGCUGCUGCUGAUCACUACACAUACAAUAUCAUGAUUAACAUAUAUGGAGAGCAAGGGUGGAUUGAAGAAGUAGCUGAGGUGCUGAUGGAAUUGAAAGAAUCUGGUAUUGGGCUGGAUUUGUGCAGCUAUAACACGUUGAUAAAGGCGUAUGGAAUAGCAGGAAUGGUUGAAGAUGCUUUGGGCUUGCUGAAGGGAAUGAGAAAAAAUGGGAUAGAACCCGAUACAAGGACCUAUAGGAACGUUCUCACUGCGCUGCAAAGGAAUGAUAUGUUCUUUGAGGCUGUUAAGUGGUCCUUGUGGAUGAAGCAAAUGGGGUUGUCCCCUAAUGUUUGUGGAUGAAGCAACUGGAGUUGUUUCCAUGUUUCUGCUCAUUCUGCCUUUCAAAACUACUGAUUGAAUUUGCUUCUUGAACAAAUUGAAUCUUUUACUCCCAUUGUAAGAUAUAUUUUACCUGACCUAUGAAAUAUAACCCCAGAGUUUGUCUUUCCAUUCUAUACAACUGGGGGACAGGGCAAUAUUUUGAUUCCCUAAUUUUAUUUCCGACCUGGAGCCAAUCCUAUGGAUGUCAUGAGCGGGUCUUGGCGGAGCUUGCGUCAAGUAUGCAAUGAUACAAAUUGGUGACAGAAGAACUGGUGCCAUGUAGCAUUUUUAUUUUUAUUUUUCUUUCCAUUUAUAAUGGCAACUCUCCUGCCUAUCGCGGUGUUGUCUUAUGAGAAAGUUUUGAUUAUAACCCUAAUUAUCAUAUGACUUCGAUUUG